AUGUUUAUCCUUCUGUUUUUCUUCAUUGGUUUGAUUUUAUCAGAUGAAAUAUCUUCUAAAUUUUAUUUUUCUGGAUAUCGAGAUUCAUUUAAAGCUAUUUAUCACAAUUUAUCAAAUACAAAUAUUAUUCUUUCGUCACCUCAUGCUGGUAGUGAUAUACCAAAUGAUAUACCCGAUCGUACAAUUGGUGGUUGUCAACAAAAUAGUUCAAAUUUAUGUACAUUCUAUUUUAAUGAUACAUGUUUAAAUGGAAAUCGUUGUUCAGUUACAGUCCAACAAGAUUUUGCUAGUUUUGAUCAAUUUACUGAACAAAUAACUGAUGAAUUUAUUAGAAAAUAUAAUCUUCUACCAUUUGUUAUUAUUGCUAAAUGGAAUCGAAAAAAAAUUGAUUUUAAUCGUGCAAUAAAUGAAGCUACAUUUAAUCAUCCACAAACAAUUGAAUCAUAUAAUGCAUAUCAUAAUUAUUUAGAAAAAGCAGUAGAAAUAAUUCAAGAAAAAUUUCAUGGUAAAGGCUUAUUACUUGAUAUUCAUCAGCAUGGACAAGGGAACUAUACAAUGAUAGGAACUCGUCUAUCUGCUGUUCAACUAAAUAAUGAUGAUUUAUCAACUACUUCAAUUGAAUCUCUUAUUGAAUUAUCAUGUCCAAAUAAUCGAAAUGAAUGUAUACGAGGUUCGAAAUCGCUUGGAACCUUUUUUGAAUCAAAUGGUCUCGGUAUAUCAUAUCCUUCGUUAAAUAAUCCAAAACCGAACAAAAAUAUAUUUUAUAAAGGUGGUUUUAUAACAAAUCAUUAUUCAUCAAAAAUUAAUGUUAUUCAAACUGAACUUUCAUAUGUUGUACGAAAUGAAUUCGAUCCAAAGAUCUAUGUUGAAAAAUAUGUUCAAGCUUUGAUUAGUUUUAUGAAAGUAAAUCAAUUAUUACAAUAA